CCCGCCCUUUGCGACACUCGCUUUGCGGCCGGUCCCUCACCGUGUCGGGGUGACCAUGUUCUCCCCGGAGCCCCGGUCCCUUCUCCCGGCCAUGACCCGCGAGUGCUCAGUGCUGCUGCCGCGAGUCUGCGCUGCCCUGGCCCACCCGCGACAGCCCCGCUACGAUGACACCUGCCUGGAGAAGCUGCUCGACUGGUUCCGGAGCCUGACGGCUCUCGAUCCUAGCGUGGAGCUGGUGCAGGACAACCCCUGUCUGAUGGAGUUCAUUGCCUCCGUGCUGGCGCUGCCAAAGCCCAGUCCGAGCAUCCUCUCCUUCACCCUGCGGUUAGCUGGGAUACUUGCUGCUUCCGAAAGCCGCUUCCAACACUUGCAGCAGGAGAAGCUGUUGGUCAGGCUCUUUGGCAGGGAUGGGCCCCUGAGCAGCGCUGUGUGGGAAGAUGCCUCCGUCCGAAGUGGCUGGGUGAAUGGUGUGCACAGCAUGAUGCAGCACCAGCCUGCUCUCCACUUCCUCUGUGAAGGUGGAGGCAUAGAUGUGGUCUUCACUCUGCAAGGGGAUCCCAGCCUGUUUGUGGCUUCAGCUGCCAGUCAGCUUCUGGUGCACAUGCUCACCCUCUCUGUAGAGUCUGAAACAACUAUACCUCUCACCACAAAGGACUGUGACUGGCCAGCAUGUGCCCAAAUGAUUAUAAAGCAUAUAGAAGAUUCCCUUCAGUCCAGCUCUGCCUCUCACAUUGAGCAGUCAUUAAAACUGUUAACUAGUUUGUUUGGCAGCUGUCAUGCUCUGUGGACUGAAGUACUUUGGUUAAGGAUAGCAAAGCAAAUAGAAUCCUUUCUGAUGGAAGAGACUCUUCAAGUACAACACAUGCUGGCAAAUCUUUUGCUUAAAAUGUCAAGGUCUCCUGUGUUUGACACUGAAGGCAGUUUUUGGGCAUUGGUGACUUCUGCUUUAGAACACUUAACCCCAGUACAAGCAGGUCCUUUGGCAGUGAGAAUUCUGAGGCUCUACAAAUGCCCACAAGAUGUGAGGAUUCAGGCACUGACUGUUCUGCUUCAGCCAAUGGACUGUAUUUUAAGAGCAGCCUCCCAGCCUCUGGAAUACGCAGGUUUGUUGGAUGAGUCUGUUAGUGAUCCCAUCACUAUUGAAAGUCUUCUGUCCUCCAAGUCGACUUGUGCUAGUCUCCUGUGUCAGACCCUCGCUCAUCUGAAGGAGCUGCUAUCUCUGGUUGAUUUGCCCAUAGAUUUACCCUCUACACCUUUACUACGCUCUCUCAUGACAAUACUACAAUUCUGUAAUGGCUUCCUGAGUCCAGCAUCUACUCUGGGAAGCACAGUUAGCCGAAUCUUGAUCAAUAGCUUCAGAGUACAGAGGUCAGCUCUUGAUGUCCUAGCAGCGCUCUCAGAGCAAAAAGGCUGUGACACACUCAUAGGAAGUGUAUUUGAUGUCCUUCUGGCAUACCUGGAGAGCCCGAACACCAGUCCUACUGUUCUAAAGACAACGUUUCAAGCUACAUCCAAGUGGUUGGUGCGCUUACAGGAAGUGUCCUGUUCUAACAGUCAGUGGCAACAAGCUGAGAAGAUUUUGGAAGAUGUGUUUCUGGUGCUGCAGAAGCGUUUGUGCAGUCCUUGCUGGGAAGUAAGAGAUUCUUCUCUGGAGUUCCUCACUGUCCUGAUUAAAUGCUUGACAGACCAGGAUGAGUUCAGGCAGUCUCUCCUGUCUUCAGAGGUGCCAAGGCUUACAGAAAAGCUUCUGGAGGAUCCAGAAAGCUAUGUGCGAGCAAGUGCUGUGACUGCUGUGGGACACUUGGCCUUCAUUACUUACUUUGCUCCAGAGUCACCUGUUGUAGAGAAUCAGUGUAAUAAAGAGAAAACCAUAGGAAAGCUUCAAGAAAUCCUGUCAACAGACCCAGAGGGCUUUCCUAGGAGGGCUGUCAUCAGCAUCUUCAUCGAGUGGGUGAGACAAGGCUGCACAGGUCAACUGGAAGAUACAGAGCAGUUUGUCUCUAGAGUGAUCCAAACAGUGGAACAUGACUUAGACUGGGAAGUCAGACUUGGUGGUUUGGAACUGGUUGACAUUUUCUGUCAUCAUGCAUUUUGCCAUUUUGGCCUUCCUAAAUGCCCAUAUGCUCCUGUCUCAUCUGCAGUCACAAGUUCCAUUCAUCAGAAUGAGGUGCUGCAGAUACUUUGCCGAGCAAACCUGUUUAGCUUUUUGUUUCGGUCUUUGUGUGACUGUGACCAACCAGUAGGUCAGAGAGCCUGUGAUUUACUGCUUAACCUAAGGAUUAAUUUCUAUCCAACUUUUACCCCAAGGGAUUCACGAGAGACUGAAGAUUCACCUGUAGGACGUAGCAUUGCCUGGUUACAAAGGACACUAAGGCAGGGUUCUCUGGCCAAAAACUUCCCCACGGAUGGUGGUAAUGGAGUGGAUUUCCAAGAUCCAGAGAGCAUGAUGAUAGCUUUGGGUACAAUAGACUUAGAAGAGCUACGUGAUGAGCUAAAUAAAAGUAGUGACCACGUAGAGAAAAGCCCUCAGUCUCUCUUACAGGACAUCCUUGCUACUGUAGGGACCAUAGAGGAAAAUGAAGCUGACUGUUACUGAAGAUAAAGUACCUUUUGCUUUGAGGGAGCAGUGCUUAAGCAGUUUUCUUCUGGAGGAGAACUUUUUGCUACCAUGAAGUCUUUCUUCAGAGGAUGGAAAGAAGUGUUACACUGAAUAGAGAAAAAAGAUUGUUUCGUUAGCUUUUAAAGGGGCUAGAAAAUCCUUGUUUUAAUACUGAUGUUAAAUAAAAGUGUAGUUUCCAAUAAACUGUGAUUUGUUUUUUAAGUAAA